CUAUGCAGCUGAAGGGAAGGAAACGAAGCAGAUGCCCUCGUUUGUCUCCGAAUGGGACGAGAUUGAAAAGAUCAUGACUCUUAUUGCCGGCAUCAAGAUCUCUGAGGAGCAUCAGCCAGCGUUAGAAGAUGCAGCCGGGAGCCGUGUGCUGGAGCAGUCGGUGGGGGAGUGGCUGGAACACGUGGGCUUCCCUCAGUACGAGAGCAAACUGGUGCUCAAUGGCUUCGAUGACCUGCGCUUCAUGGGGAGUAACGUGAUGGAGGAUGAGGACCUUCAACAAAUUGGCAUCACGGACCCAGGCCACAGAAAGAAAAUCCUUCAUGCAGCAAAAAGCCUUCCGAAGGUGAAAGCUCUGGGAUGUGAUGGCAGCACAUCUCUGGCCUCAUGGUUGGAGACUCUGGGUCUUGGAGAGUAUCUGCACAACUUCCUGUCCAGCGGCUACCGCACCCUGGAAUGCGUGAAGAACCUGUGGGAGCUUGAAAUUGUCAAUGUGUUAAAAAUUGGCCUUCAUGGUCACAGAAAAAGGAUCAUAGCCUCAAUAACAGAGAGACCGUAUGAGGAAGCACCUUCAAAAUCCAACCGAUUUUCCCAACUUAAGAUUCAGGACCUGUUGUCUCAGAACAUGUCACCACUCAGUUAUAUGGAUCCGUACACCAGUCGCUCAAUGGACAUGUUGCUACCGCUGGGGGAAUCGGGCAGAAAGAGCAGAGGGCUGGACCAGGAUGGCAGUAUCUCCCUCCGCUCUUUCGGUGAAAGAUCACGCUCCCAUGAUCGUCAUGCAGAUCGACAUUCUCGUCAAAUUGUUCGUCCAUCGAGCCAAUCUACCAUGCACACCACAGUCUCCACCUGGCACCAUCACCCUGAGAAGCUCAUCACAGAGUCCUGUAUUUAUGAGGCUAGAUAUUUGGGCUCUGUGAUCAUUAGAGACCUACGAGGAAUUGAGUCUACACAGGAGGCGUGCGCUAGAAUAAGGAAAUCAAAGGAUCACAGAAAAGGCCCUGUAAUAAUCCUGAAUAUCACCUACAGAGGAGUCAGAUUUGUUGAUGCAGCCACCAAGGGAAUAGUUGCAGAGCAUGAGAUCCAGAACAUCUCGUGUGCAGCUCAGGAUCCUGAUGAUCUUUGCUCAUUUGCAUACAUCACAAAAGACCUGAAGUCUGGCUACCACUUCUGCCAUGUCUUCACCACAGUAGAAGUGACACAGACUUACGAGAUCAUUCUUACUCUGGGACAAGCGUUUGAAGUAGCCUAUCAGAUGGCUCUCCAGGCGCAGAAGGCCCGUCGUCACAGUUCAUAUGCAGGUCCAGCCUCAGAAAACAUAGAAAUCAAGACCAGCAGACCCACGUCACAGUCCCGCGUCAGUGCACGUCGCUCCGCGGGUGCACCUGUGCUUGAAUGCCGCUGCUGUUACUGUCACACGUGCUCCGCCCACCGCCCCUCCUACCUCCCGCUGCCCUCUGUCAGCCCUGGAGUUCAGCUCACUCCACCUUUCAAGUUUCCGGACACCAAGGUGUGAAUUGAAGGGGAAUCAGAUGAAACUUUAUGUGUGAGUCCAAAUGGGGGAAGAUAUUGUGUGAGUAUGUGAGAGAGAAAGAAAAAGAUGUUAAAUUAGCACUUAACUGCCGUACGACACGGACUGUCCAAAACUUGCACCAACUGCAAAAAUACACUUUAAUACUGGACAUGACUUAACCGAUGAAGUGGUUUACUGGUGAUGUGGAAAUGAACAAAACACAUCAAAUAAUAACAUCAGAUUCAGCUUGCUAGUCAAUUUGGGUGAAUCUCAUGAAGAAAUUUAUUUUAUUUUUCAAAGGUAUUUAUAUAUAUAUAUACAUACAUUAACAAACAAAAAAAUAAACCUAUUUUUAUGACCAGAAAUUUUCAUUUUGUGACAUUAUUCAUAACAAUUAAGCAUGUUUUAUGCAAAAUCUUAUUCUCAUUAUUUCAAAGAAAAUCAUCCUGUCU